GACAGUCUUGAUCCAGCUGGAGUUGGGCUGAGGCUGACUGGAUUUCUUCACGCCGCCCUCUUUCAGGGAAGAAGCCCGGGUACCGACUGGCCGCAGACACUCCGAGCAUUGUCAGGACUCGGAGCCGGUGACGGGGAGCUGCUGUCCACCCCCGGCCUUCCCCCCCAACCCAGCUUCAAGAUGCUGAGCCUGAAGCUGCCCCGGCUGUUUAGCAUCGACCAGAUGCCCCAGGUGUUCCAUGAGCAGGGCAUCCUCUUCGGCUACAGACACCCGCAGAGCUCCGCCACUGCCUGUAUCCUCAGCCUUUUCCAAAUGACCAAUGAGACUCUCAACAUCUGGACUCACUUGCUGCCCUUCUGGUUCUUCGUGUGGAGGUUUGUGACCGCCUUGUAUGUGACAGACAUCCAGAAUGACAGCUACUCCUGGCCUCUGUUCGUGUACAUGGGCACCAGCUGUGUGUACCCCCUCGCGUCCAGCUGUGCACACACCUUCAGCUCCAUGUCCAAGAACGCCCGGCACAUCUGCUACUUCCUGGACUACGGGGCCGUCAACCUCUUCAGCCUGGGCUCAGCCAUCGCAUACUCGGCCUAUUCGAUCCCGGACGUGAUGGUGUGCACCGCAUUCCAUGACUACUACGUGCCCCUGGCCGUGCUGAACACCAUCGUCAGCACCGGCCUCUCCUGCUACUCCAGGUUUCUUGAAAUCCAGAAGCCCGCGCUCUGUAAGAUGCUUCGCGUCCUGGCCUUUGCUUAUCCCUACACCUGGGACUCCCUCCCCAUCUUCUACAGGCUGUUCCUGCUCCCCGGGGAGAGUGUACAGAAUGAAGCCGUCCUGAACCACCAGAAGCACAUGGCCAUGACCCUCCUGGCCUCUUUCUUCUACUCUGCGCACCUGCCAGAGCGCCUGGCACCUGGACGCUUCGACUACAUCGGUCACAGUCACCAGCUGUUCCAUGUGUGUGUGAUCCUGGCCACUCACAUGCAGAUGGAAGCCAUACUUCUGGACAAGACUCUGAGGAAGGAAUGGCUCCUGGCCCACUCCAGGCCCCUGUCUUUCCCUCAGAUAACUGGAGCCAUCCUUCUGUGCCUCAUCUUCAGCCUCAGCAACAUAAUUUAUUUCUCAGCUGCUCUGUAUCGGAUUCCUGAGCCAGAAUUACAUAAAAAAGAAACAUGAUUCAGACCAUUUGCUUCUUGUGCCAGAUGUCAACCUUAAGCUACAACAUCCUAACCACCAUAAGCCAGCAGCAGGGUACCCGUUUCCAAAGGUCUAAAGUAUUCACAAUGGCUGAUGUCUUGGCAUUUUUGAGUGGGUUCAUGUCAAUAAGAUAUUGAACUGGGGAAAUUUCUCUAGAGGUGCACUGAUUCUGUAUUAUGAUUUUAAAAGGGGAAGAUUCUUAAUAUUUCAUUAAGUUUUAAAUUGAUUUAAAAUGGGUUUUUCAAUUCUAUUUAAACAGUUGGAUUAAGCAUACCACCCUUGUAUUGUAGCUUGACUAUUAAACACUUGAACGAAGCUUUACCACCCUUGUAGUAUUACCCUUUGCAAAUGGAACUUGCUUCAUUUGAUGAGUUCCACCUAGCAUUGCCUCUGCUGAGAGCUCCACAGUGGGAGGGGAACGAGCCAGGAAGACCAGGGUAAGGAACCUGAGUAAGAGGAAGUGUGGGGUCUGUGGGAGCUCUGGGGACAGGGCAAACACUCCAGAAUGGAGAGACCUGGUUUGGGGAAGGGUCUUCUUCCUUUCCCCACCUAGUAAGGGAAUGAAUAGAAAGGGUCCUCUUUCCCACAAGUCCGUUCUGCCUUAAAGUGCCAAUUCCCAUGUCAUGUGGAUUUGGAUCUUCUUAAAGGUCCACAUGGCUGGGUGUCCAUGUUGUGUUUUUUCUGUUUUCUUGUUGCCAGUUUGAUGCACAGUAUUGUGUAGUACAGGUCCAUUGUGUUAUGGGUGGGGGCUGGCUGACUUAAGCCCAGUUGGCGGUGUUCAUCCGUCACCUUUUAAACCAGUGGCAGCACGAUAUCUGGGGAUAUUAUACAUUUGAUGUCGCUUCAGCAUUUUAAAUGCUGCAGAUGUUACUGUCAUGUGCAGAGGAUGCUAAGACCUUGCUAAAGUGUUGGUCAACUGUAGUGAUUCUCGAGCUUUACCGUGAAUCAGAAACACUUGGUGGGUUUGUGACAAAUGCAGAUUUCCAGGCAAAGUCAGGAGAUUCUGCAUUUGUACAUGGUUUAAAAUGUAGGUCUUUUAGAGGAGAUUUGCCCUAAAUCUGAGCAAGUCCCCAGGUGAUUCUAAUGCAGAAGGGCCCCAGGCCAAACUUGAAGAGAUGCUUUCCUCACGAAUUCCAGAAGGCACUGGGCCUAUCAGCUUUGCUGGGAUUGACCUAGUUUUCAGCAAUUUACCACCUAAGGAUGUUUCCCCUGCUUUCUACUCUGCAUGAGACUGAGCAUUUUCUCAUCUUUUGCACUGGGAGUUAAAGUUUAGUAUUUCAUGGUGUUUUCAGAGAGUACAGAAAUGCUGAUGCAAAACAGUUUUUAACAGAGGCCCAUCAACCCCUGAUCUGCACUUGCUAAUGACUUAAGGGGCUGUCCAUCACAAAGCAGGAUCUUCUUUGCUGACUCAGGAACACCCCCAUAUCUUAGAAUACUGCCUCUAUGGUUAACUGGCCCAGAAACCCAAAUGGCCUUGUGAAUAGCUCAUCGUCCAAUCCUCUAAGGACAAGUAAAAAUUUAUAUUGGAUGAGAGUGGUCAAGAAAUAUGAUUUCAUUAGUUUUAUUAUCUGUUUACUUCCUCUGGGGAAGGUAGACUGAUAAAAUUAUAUGGGCUGGUAAAUUUUUGUUACAUUAAUUGCCGUUGGAUGACAAAAUUUUGUUUUUGGCAAUGAUCUGACACUGUUAGUUAGUGGAAUUUUACUCCAGCAGGGUCUGUGGGCUUCCAUUUCAUCUUGCUGUCACUGCAAUUUUAUGCUGAGAAGUACAAAGUUUAAAUACCCUAUUCUAGUAAUGCCAAAGACAUGAAGCUUUUUUAAUAUCUCUUAUUUAGAGAGAGUAAAAUAAUGUUCUUUGUUUAGCUCAGAAAUAGUUGAAAGGUAAUAGGUGAUUCAUUUGAAGGACCUUUAGAUUAUUUAAUUUUUGGUUAUGUGGCUUUUUCAUCAUACUGCAUGAUGGAAAAGAAAUGUUAAAUCUACAAAAUAGGAGCAGUGUUUCAUAAUGUUUUUAGAUGUUUGGUAAACUUAGUCCCAUGGUAUACUUUUGGACAGUGUUACAAGUUAAAAUUUGAGAACAGUUCCAAUAUACUGAUUUGGAAGCUUCUAGAUGUGGAAAAUGGGUUCACAUAUAUUAAUUACAGUUAGGUAUUAAGAGUAAUGGGGGUAGAGUUUUGCGUAAGCCAUCCCAGAAAGUCAAAAAGGCUGCCAUUGGUUGAGCUGAAGACCUCACUGGGAAGAGGUCUUUUCAUGUAGCGGCUCUCAGGGUUUUUUGAGUGUCUCAAUUCGCCCUGGAGAUACACCAUUCUUCCAUUGGUAGGGACUGCUCGCCACGGCACUGCCUCAAAAGGGAUUUUGUGGGGAGCAACAGACACCUGAUGGGAUGUCCCCCCGUUCUUCCUCCCCUGGCUUGAGAAAUACUACUCCAAAAUUUCCCAGUUGCUACAGUUGGGAUAAAACUUGAAUGUGUUUGAAUGAGGUCAUGUAGUCAACUUCACCUUCCUCCGCUCAUCUUAAGAGUUUCACUUUCCAUUGCUCAGUUUUGGAGAGAAAGGAAUUUGUCACUGUGGAUUAGAAUGAGAAGUGGGAGGAUUUAGAAAUCAUUUGAGUACAAAGUGGUCUAAAUAUUUGGUCUGCUGUAGUCUUUCUCAAAGUGCUUGUUGUGGAACCCAGUUCACGUGAGAAGUUCUAAGGAAGGCAACGUGGAAGAGAAUGGUGAGGUCACAUGUGUUGGAGAGACGCUUCAUUUGGCUCUGUUGUGUCCCAAAUUUGUUUUGGCCAUGGCACUAUAUGAAACAGCUAUUAACACUGUAUGACAACACUUUAUAACAUUAGUUGAAUGCCAGCCUCUGAUUUUCUAGCCAACAAUGCAUCAUGGACGAAAAGGCAAAGACCCAUUUCCAAACUCAGAUGUUCUUUCAACUUACAGCAAUGUCUGGUUUUCUUAAAUUGUG